CGCCUUUGUCCAUGGGAUCUUUUCUUCCUGUACUUGCAAUAAAGGAGGAGUUUGAGAUUAACAAGUCAGAUAAACAAUUAUGAUGCUGCAUAGAGUUUCCAGUAAUGUAUACCCCUGGUGGUGGGCUAGCCAUAUCAGAACUAAGCAAUCAAAAUGGCUGGAACAGAAUCUUCACGAUAUGGAGGAGAAAUUCGCCGGCAUGCUUGAAAUCAUUGAUGAUGAUGGAGAUUCCUUUAUACGAAGGGCAAAUAUGUAUUUCAAAAAGAGACCGGAGCUUUUAAGCAUUGUUGAAGACACUUAUCGAGCUUAUCGAGCAUUAGCCGAAAGGUAUGAUCUCUUAUCAAGGGAUCUGCAAAGUGCCAACCGCACCAUUGCCACUAUGUUCCCAGAUCAAGUUCCGUACUCCAUUCAUGACGAAGAUGACGAAAAUGGUUGCCUUGCUUCCCCGAGGCCCGAUACACCACCGCCAUCAAAACCGGGAUCAAGAGUUCCGGUUCCGAAUAUAGAUUUUCGGAGCCAGUCGAUGUUGUUGCUGCGAAAGGGACAGUUAAAGAAGUCUAUUAGUUCAGCUGAAGCUGGUUUGUGUCCGCAGUCGGGGUUAAGCAAAGAGGAGGCAUUGGAAGAAAUAAAUAAGCUCGAAAAGGAGAUUUUAGAAAUGCAGACUGAAUGGGAGUUAGUGAAGAACUCAUAUGAGCAAGCGUAUAAAAGAUUGUGCGCGAUAGAAAAUGGCAUAUCCGAAAAGCAAAAGAGGGUAUGCAGCUUGCAGGACGAGUACGAUAUCAGAUCCACUAUCGACGAUAACGAAGCUAGGGUUCUAAUGGCGAAUCGGGUUCUUAAAACUUGCCACGAGUCAUUGGUUAAGUUGCAACAAACACAUGAGCAAUCAACUGAAGAAGGAAGAGUUGAAUCCAAAAGGAUUAAGAAGGCAAAUGAGGCUUUUGAAGCUCUUCGGAGGAAGUUCAAUUGCCCACCAACAAAGCAGGAGCUAAAGAGGGUUAGCUCGGCUACGGAUGUCAACAAAAUGGUGUACGAAUUCGAGAUUGCUGAAAAGGAUAGUGGGUAUAUUGAAUCAUUGCAAAAGGAGAUUGAAGAGAAGCUCGAAUCAAGUUUGGGUUCCUCUCUUACAAUGUCGCAACUGGCGGAUAAAAUCGAUGACCUCAUACAAAGAGUUGUUAAUUUGGAGAAUGCGGUCUUUUCUGAGAAUGCUUCAGUAAAGAGAUUGAAAUCAGAUGCUGAUGAUCUUCAGGAACACGUCAAGAACCUCGAAGAAGACGAGGAAGCGCUGGUUGGAGGCUCGGAAUGUGCAGAACAGAGGAUUUGUGCAUUGGAGAGGGAACUAAGUAGAGUUAAAGAUCUCCUAAGAACUGUUAUAGACCAAAAUAACAGCCUCAAGGCUCAUUUCGCUGAAGCAAAAUGUAAUAUCAAUCAUUUAUCAGUGAAUUUACAUGCUGUGAACAUGGAUGAGGAGUUCGACAAUUUGGAACUCUCCAAAGAAGGAAAACCUAAGGUGGAUGCCAAAUCUGAUAGGAAAAUUGAGCUGAAGGAAGAAACGGAAGGGAAGGAUGAAGAUGACUCGGCUGAAGGAAGAAACGAUGUUGAUUCUGAAUCAAGCAAUAAGAUUGAUGCUGAUUCGGAUGAAUACAAAGGUGCGGAACUGAUGGAUGAAUCCAAAGUUGAGAAGAAAUGUAUUUCCAGAACAGCAAGCAGUACCAUUGAUACCGAUAAUCCGGAAUCAGAGACCGAUGAAGAAGAAGAGCUACAAAAAUGGAGGAAGCUGUACAAUAGUGGAUCGGAUGAGAGGGAUAAGAUUUUACUAGAUGAGUAUUCUACGGUUCUUCGGAAUUAUAAGGGUGUGAAAAAGAAGCUUAAAGAAGUGGAUCGGAAAAACCGGGAUAGUUUCUACGAAUUGGCAUACGAGAUCAGAGAGCUGAAGACUGCUCUUGCUACCAGAGAUGAAGAGAUCAAACUGUUGCGCCGAAAGUCAAGCUUGACAGAAUCUGAAGCAUCCCAUGCCAUGAUCAGCCCAGAAUCUACUUUAUCAGAUUUUAUUCAGAUAUCGCCAGUAGCAGCAGACGAGGGGAAAGUCGAAUCCAUUGAAAGAGAAGCUAAAGCGACAAGAAGAAAAAGAUCUUUAAGCCGAUCCCGUUCCUUCUUAACCUCAGAAGGUAAAAUCCGGGCCGACAUCGAUGAACUGCUGGAGGACAACAUAGCCUUUUGGAUGAGGUUCAGCACAUCUUUUCAUCAGAUACAGAAAUAUGAAACUUCAGUGCAGGACUUGAAGAGUGAGUUAUCAACAUUGAGAGAAAGAAAGAAGCAAGAAGCAAACGGGAAAGAGGAGCCUCUGGGAUCGGAAGGGCGCCCCAUUUAUGCUCAUCUACGGGAAAUAAAAGCCGAAGUGACGUUAUGGUUGGAAACCAACGCCGUGUUGAAAGACGAAGUGCAGGGUCGAUAUUCUUCCUUGUGCAACAUCGAAGAAGAGGUAUUGAGGAUGAGCAAAUCAAAUGACUAUAAAGGUGAGCUUGAGCUCGAUGGAUAUCAGGCUGCAAGGUUUCAAGGUGAGCUCCUAAACAUGAAACAGGAGAACAGCAAGGUUUCGAAUGAACUGAAAGAAGGAUUCGAUCGAAUGCAACAACUCAAGGAGGAUAUAGGGAAUGUAAUGGCCAACUUGGAAAAGGGAAUCGAAGCUGCCUCCGCAUCAAGGCUACGGCGUUCUGGAUCGUCAACACGGAAUAGAAUCCCUCUCCGAUCCUUCUUAUUCGGAAUCAAGUUAAGGAGCAAACGGCAGAAGAAGGGGUCUUCCAUAUCCGGGCAGCCACAAUUUCAGCCACAACGCAGUUAUGGUACAGAACCUACUGAGCCUCCAUGA